CGCACCCACUAGUUUGCCUUGCUCUUGUUGUAUUCACAUUGAAUUCUACUAGGUAUAACUACAGCUUGCAGUUGUAAAUCUUCUCCCCACCUUUCCUCUUGCAUCAACCCAAGUUGUACUUUAUUACCUUAGUCCCAAAAUCCCAAGUCUUUCCUACAACAUCCAAGGUAUCGAAAGGAAUAUUUUAAGCUUUACAAGAUGGCGACCAUACCAGUCGUCGUCAAGCAUCAGGGUACCAAGUACGAUGUUGAGGUUGAUACCGAGUCGACCGGUGAGAUAUUCAAGUACCAGCUUUACAGUCUUACCGGCGUAGAGCCCGAACGUCAGAAGAUCUUAAUCAAGGGUGGUCAAGUGAAGGAUGAUACUCCCAUGAGCAAGUUCAACUUCCAGCCCGGCCAAUCAAUAAUGAUGCUUGGUACACCUGGAAAUAAGGAUGUUCUUACGCGCCCUAAAGAGUCCGUCAAGUUCGUCGAAGACAUGACAGAGGCCGAGGCCGCGCAGCAAGAGGGAGCUAUACCUGCUGGUCUAACUAACCUGGGCAACACAUGCUAUCUUAACUCUACCCUCCAGACUCUUCGUGCCAUCCCCGAGCUGCAGGGCGCACUGGGUAAGUACGAAACUCCUGCCAAUGCUAUGAGCACUGCAGGGCUUUUGCCGCCUCUAGACUUGACGAAGCAGCUUAGAGAUCUGUACAAGUACAUGUCUGAAACCCAAGAGGCAUAUUCUCCUGUUGCAUUCCUAACCUCGCUGCGUGCCGCUUUCCCCCAGUUUAAUGAGCGUUCUCGAACUGGUGCCGGGUUUGCCCAACAAGACGCCGAGGAAGCAUGGUCUCAGAUUGUAACCCAGCUACGCCAGAAGCUACGCGUGAAAGAUACACCCGAAUCUCCAGAGUCUUCCUUCAUCGAUAAAUACAUGUCGGGAGAGCUUACAUCCGAGCUCGAAUGUGACGAACCUGCAGCUAAGGAAAGUGGAGAGACGUCUGCGGUCUCAAAAGAGACAUUCCUUAAGCUUAGCUGCCACAUAGAUGGUAGUACGAAUCAUCUGCGGGAUGGAAUUGCAAAUGGCCUAAGCGAGAAGCUGGAAAAAAGAUCGGAGGUCCUCGGCCGAGAGGCCGUCUACACCAAGACUUCUAAAAUAUCUCGAUUACCCAAGUAUCUCACCGUGCAGUUCGUUCGCUUCUUCUGGAAACGAGAGACACAGAAGAAAGCCAAGAUCAUGCGAAAGGUCACCUUUCCCCACGAGUUGGAUCUUGUUGAAUUCUGCGACGACAAGCUGAAGGGAAUGCUUAUUCCAGUCAGGGACAAGGUUCGAGAAGUGCGAAAGGAUGAGGAAGAUAUCGAGCGUGCGCGUAAGCGCCGCAAGCGGAAUGAUGCCGGCGACGAUCCUGCUGAUGUUCCUGGUGGAAAGGGAGCGAAGAAGAAUGAUACCAAGGCAGCCGGUGCUUCUGCAGAUGGCGAUGUGGAGAUGACUGAGAGCUACAAGACAGAUGCCGAGAUUGACGCAGAACGUGACGCGGCGCUUCUUGCAGCGAAGAAGGAGUUGAACGCCCUCAUCGACCCAUCCCUAGCCAAUGAUGACGGCGCAAACCAGUCCGGCUUGUACGAACUUCGGGGAGUUGUCACACACCAGGGCGCAAGCGCAGACAGCGGCCACUACACGGCUUACGUCAAGAAGACGGCACCGGCCGACGUAAAGACUGGCAAACGAAAGGAGGAAGAUGGCAAGUGGUGGUGGUUCAACGAUGACAAGGUGUCGGAGGUAACAGCAGACAAAAUCGAGACGCUCGCUGGAGGUGGCGAGUCGCACUCAGCUCUUAUCUUACUAUACCGCGCUAUACCCUUACCUUCUGCCGAAGGAACGAUGGAGUGAAAAAGGCGAAGACGAGAAAUGAUGGUGCAUACGGGCGUUUGAGUGCAUGGCAAGCAGGGAACUUGGGGCUAGCAUUAGACUCACUUUCACUUGAUAGGUAGGGAAUGGUUCGGAAAAUAAAUGCUGUGC